GAGAGGAAAAUAAGAUCACAGUCACUACUUCACGAUAACUUGACGCUUCGGAAAUGGAGAAUGGUCCGUAACGAGAUACACAGAGCGACCCGUCGCGGCUUGCGUCUCCGGCCACGCGUGGUGUCUCCGGAAAAACUUGUUUUGAGUCAAGGAGACAAGGAUCUACUCGACAAACUUCGAAUAGAUGAUGGCCAAGGAAGCUUUCGUGAUGCGUGGGAGGCAUUGGGCAAGCUCGAGAAGACUGUUCACUGGCAUCGUCUUUCUCUUUGGUUGCUGUGGCACUCCCCCAAGCACCUCCCCGACUUUCUCACCAUUACUUGCCAAAGUGCAGACAAGCCAGUGUUCGCCAUGUCCGCAGACUGCGUUUUGAGUUUAUCUGAUUGCCACCCCGAGAUUGUCAAGAAGAAUCCAUCCUUUAUCAAGAUUUGCCUCGAUCCAAAGCUCUGGCCGGUUUUCUAUUUGCCUCAGAAAGCUGCCCGGCUCUAUAUGCUGCACGCUGAUCGUGAUGAGUUCUACACGGCAUACAACUAUGCGGAGAGUAAACAGCUACACAUAGUGGCCCCAACUUACCUCUGUUACAUGAAGCGUUUUAUUGAAUUUCAGGACAUCGAAAAUGCGAUCAAGGCACUUGAAUCCGUACGGAAUAUAGGACAUCCUGACUUUCUCCUAAACUCUCCGUCAGUUCUCCGCCACUGCUGCAAGCUCCUGACCCUAGAUUCUGUUGAAAACACCGGCAAGGGACGCAACUUCCGCAUCCUUCCGAAGCUGCUUGAGCUUGGGAUACGCCCAAAUCGCGACAUGAUGAACAUCGUCCUCUCGAAUGCAUUCAAAACAGGAGAUCCACAGGUUGGGCUUGACAUCUUGCAGUACAUGAAUUCCCAGGGAUUCGAGGCAGACACCUAUACCUAUGUAACUCUCCUUACCGAUGCUGUAGCUCGCCAGGACGAAGCGCGUGUUCUUUCCUUAUCACAGGAGAUCAAUGCACGCCAGGAUCUCCGUGAGAACGCUUGGAUCCAAAGUAAGCUUCUGCAUUACCAGUUUCUCUCGAGGGCAAAACAGAUCGACCCACACGAUGAUCCCAAUGAGGUGUUUUACUCAAUGCUCCAACUGUAUAACCAACUGCACGACAUCGCCCCAUUGAAGGACCUCACAAUUAUCCCACCCCAAUAUACUCCAGCUGGCAGCAAAAAAUCACCGCCUUCUCUGCCCGCUUUGCAUAUCAUGAUCGCGACCUACCUCCGGUGCCAAAAGAAUAUAUCCUCGGUCCAGCGCGUUUACGCCCAGUUCCAACGCCUUACUUGGCAGGGCCACGCAACCAUCGCCCCACUAGCAGCGAGCGAUCAUACUUAUAAUGAGUUUCUGGUUGCAUUCCGAAAUGAUCCACGAGGGCUCCGACCUGCAGUGCGUCUGGUUGAAGAUAUGUUACAUUUUUCCAACGAAGCCAGUGAACAACCUGAGAAAAAACACAUUCAUGCUAAGCCAACAGCCCAAACCUGGACACUGUUGAUGAGUUCAUUCGUGUACAACAAGCAGUCGCAUGCUGCAGAGAAAGUGCGGGCGAUGAUGGCCAAACAUGGUGUACAAUUCAACAAGGUGACCUGGGACAUGGUUAUUCGCAAUCAUGUGAACACACACAACAUUCCCAAAAUUGCGAAGGCCGUCAAGGAAAUGGAGAGCCAGGGAUAUACCAUGGAUGAGCAUACACUCAAGACCUUGCGCUAUCUGAAAGACCCAGAGCGAUUAUGGAUGGCGAUAGAGGAACUUGACAAGCUAUCGGACUCUAACCCUAGCCCUACGCUCUAUACACCUGGGGACUGGAAGGGGGCCGAGGCGCUGCUCGAAAAGGGUCUGCGGCGUUUGAAAAGGAACAUGAAAUCCAAGGCAUAA